AAGGUAUUAUAAUACAAUUUUUUAAAAACACUAUAAAAAUAAAUUGCCGCUGAUGGCAAUUAUUACUAUAAUUAUUAUUUUGUAAGGUUUUUAAUUUUAGGUUCAUUGUUAGUUUGUUUCAUAAUUUAUUAAUGUACUAUUCCACUUUGUCAUUAUUUCAAUUAGUCUACUACUUUCAUUAUUUUUCAAUGUAUUGUACGAUGCACCGGAAACUAUAACCUAUCAAUUGUCAAUUAAAAUACCACGUUAUUCUGAUAUACAACAUAUUGAGCUCGUUUUAGCUUUACAACCUUUUUCCCAUAACCGAGAUAACAAUAUAUUUUAUUUUCAUUACGUAAUGUAGCUAACAAAACUAGCGAAAGUGGUGAAUGUUUUAAAAUUCUCUAAUUUUUUAUUAUGAUUUUCUAAGAAAUGGUCUACAAACACUUAAGGUUAAGUGCUCGUAAGAAUGAUGCAUGGUCAAGGUCAAAAUCCUAAGCAAAACAUUUUAAUUCAUUCAACUAUCGACUGUAACACGUAGGUCGUAGAACAUAACUUCAAUAUUCAUAAAAAUGUAACGUGAAAGAACUCCACACGCAGUUGCAUGCACUCGCUCCAUCUCACUCCCUCGUAUUAGCGCCAUAUUUCGCCUUAUCUCUUUACGUGGACUCGUGUCGCUUCGGGACUCAUUCGGGUGGACUCGCCGCGCCACGCCUCCGCGCCGCGCGAUACCUAUGCUCUAAUCAUGUCCGCAUGUCCGUCAUGUUCAACGCGUUCGUAGUUCCUGCAUAACAGUACACUUGGAAUGGAAAUGGAACUGUCUGAACAUGUUAAUUUUGACAACUCGGAUUGAAUGAUAUAGUUCCAUAUGAGGACAUAGUUCCAGGAACUAUUUCUGUCCGGAACUACGCAUGUCUAUAAUACAUACUUUAUACAUAAAUAAACAUAAAUAUUUCAUAAUAGUCAGAUUUCAUAAAUAAAUAAAUGCCAUGAAACAAAUUACAAUGAAAAAUUGACUGUAAGUAUGGAAUAUUUUUAAAAUUUUAUUAGGUUUUUUGAACUUGUUGCUAUUACUGUUCUUUAAACUAGACCUAUUUUGUUUAAUAAUUGUACGGACGACAGCGACGAAGUCAUUGACAUAGUAUAUUUAAAUCGACGGAAGAAGUAAAUAGAUUAAAUAACAUUUUGUAAAAAAAAUGCGUGUCUGAGUUUAUAUUUUCGAAGUGUAAUGUUUUGUAAAUGGUUUUGUAAUCAUACUUCAAAAACAUAGUAUCUGGCAUAAUGCCAACCGGUGCUGGAAAUAGAAUGAAUGACGCGCCUACUACACUAGAUUCCAGUCAUAAUCCACAUUAGUUUAUUAAUUUGCAAUGGAUAGACAACCUGUCAAUGCGAGUUACCAUGGUUCAAUGAGGAGCCGGGACUCGUCGUCAACCGGAAGCGAUGCAAGAGAGAAAAUCAAAGAUUGCUUCAGGAAAUUCGUAGCGUUCAUGUUCACGCAAGUGGGUGUUGGUGCUUUGGUUGUAUGCUAUGCCAUACUCGGCGCUGCUAGCUUCAUGCAUAUCGAAAAGGACAACCCUGAUGAGCAACUCCAACACGUACGAAAGUGGAGACAAAGUUGUGCCGAAGAACUCUGGAACAUAACAGUGGCAAACAACAUUUUUAAUGAGACUUCGUGGGUGUUAAAAGUGGACAAAGUUCUAAAAGUAUUUCAAAACAAUAUUACAGCAGCAGUGCACACAGGCUACAAUGGACGUUCCCCUGAGGAUAUAUGGUCCUUUCCGGCAGCUCUUAUGUAUUCGUUAUCUGUAUUUACAAUGAUUGGAUAUGGAAACAUCAUACCUAAAACAAUAUGGGGCAAAAUAGUGACCAUAGCUUAUGCAUGCUUUGGUAUACCUAUUUACAUUCUGUAUUUUUGUAACAUGGGUAAAGUAUUAGCUCAAACAUUUAAAUGGUUGUACAUAACAGCUCACGAGUGUAGCCGGAGAGAUGAUGCAGUAUUCGAAGAGGGUGAGAUUAUACCUGUCAAAAGGAAGAUAACUGUACCGUCAACAGCGUGUCUUUGGGUCAUAUCAUUUUACAUUUUAACAGGCACCAUCAUGUUCGGAGCCUGGGAGAAAUGGAACUAUUUAGAUUCAACUUAUUUCUGCGUGAUAAGUUUAUGCAAAAUUGGUUUUGGUGACUUUGUACCUGGUGCCAACAUAUCAGAUUCAGCUGGCGGGUCACACUUAAAGCUGGUUAUAAAUUUUAUCUAUGUGCUCCUUGGGAUGGGUUUGGUGGCGAUGUGCUAUAAUCUUAUGUGUGAGGAUGUGAGAGUUAAAGUUAGAGAAUUAAAAGAAGACCUUAAAAAUUGUCUUGACGAUAUUACCCUGAAGAUAACAGUGUGCAUGAAUGACACGAAACAUUUCCAUCAAAAACAAUCGAGACACGUUAAGUGAAUCAUUAUAUCUUUAAAACUUAUUAUAAUAUUUAUUUGUUCUUGUAUUGAAUAAUUGUUUUAAUAAAUCAUGGAACAGU